AUGGGAGCGGUGUUGAUGCAGCAUGGGCAUGUGAUAGCUUAUGCCUCGAGACAGCUGAAGCCUCACGAGGCUAACUACCCAACGCAUGAUUUGGAGCUGGGGGCUGUGGUGUUCGCCCUCAAGAUUUGGCGGCAUUACCUUUAUGGGGUCCGAUGUACUAUCUACACAGACCACAAGAGUUUGAAGUACCUCAUGGAUCAUCCGAAUCUUAACAUGAGGCAGCGUCGUGGCCAACGCCCUGAGCCGCAAGGCGGUGGCAACUCCGAUCCAAGAUACCUGUCUGCGGAGGACAGUGGUUACUCCAUUAUUGGAGCAGAUCCGAGAGGCGCAGGUUGA